AUGGUUUUCAUCAGAGCCUAUUCAAAUCGUAGUUGUAAUGCUCUGUCCGUGGCAAGUACGCACUGUCCUCUGUUGAAAGCGUACUUGGACAGUCGUAGAAAUCAAAAAUGCCAAAAGUAUUCAACCAGCACCGGGGCUUUGCCGAAAAACUGCAAAGUCGCGAUCUGCGGAGGUGGAGUCAUGGGAGCAUCUGUCGCCUAUCAUUUAGCUCAACUAGGAUGGGGUCCACAAACCAUAGUCAUCGAACAAGACAAGUUAGGUGGCGGAGAGAAUUCUUUUUCGUCAGACCUAGUUGGUGUGUUCAAACCCACACUGAGUCAAGUCAGACUCUGCCAAUCCAGUGUCAAGCUCUACCAAGAAUUAGAAUCUCAAGGUUUCCAAACAGGCUGGAAGCAAUGCGGUAGCCUUUGUGUUGCCAGAACUAGAGAUCGCAUGACUGUUUUUAGAAGAAUGAAAUCCCAAUCUGUUUCUUGGGGCAUUAAAUGUGAAAUAGUUGAUCCUCAAAAAGCAAAAGAACUCUGUCCACUUAUUAGAAUCGAUGACAUUAAAGGAGCCAUGUGGAUACCUGAGGAUGGUGUUGCAGAUUCUUACAAGAUAUGUCUCUCUCUAUUAGAAGCUGCAAAACAAAAAGGUGUUGUUGUACUCGAAAACUGUAAAUUAUUGGAAGUAGUCUGUGAUAAUGGUAAAGUUGUUGCCAUUGACACAUCAAUGGGAUCGGUUGAUUGUGAUUAUUAUGUAAACUGUGGUGGUUUUUGGGCACGAAAAAUUGGACAACGUAGCAAUCCUUCAGUCAAAAUACCUCUUCACCCAGUUGAACAUUAUUAUCUCCGCACAAAUGAAAUUUCAAAUCUUGACUCUCUAACACCAGUUGUCCGAGAUCAAGAUGGCUCUAUAUAUUUUAGAGAAUUAAAUGGAUGUAUUCUAGCCGGUGGAUUUCAACUUGAAGCUAAACCUGCAUUUGAAAAUGCAAAAUGUCCAGAUAAUUCAGCUGGAAGACAGUUGCUGGCAGACUGGGAUCACUUCCAUGUGUUACUCGAACAACUAUUACAUAGAGUGCCAUCAUUAGCAAAUGCUUCACUCGACAGUUUACUAAAUAUUGCUGAAACAUUUACCCCAGACUGUAAAUGGAUUGUUGGUCAAGCACCUGAAAUUGCAAACUAUUAUGUUGCUGCUGGUAUGAAGACUGUUGGUAUAUCAGCUGCAGGUGGCGUAGGUCAAGGAGUUGCUCAAACCAUCGUUAAUGGAUAUUCGCAAUAUGAUUUGUACGAAUUAGAAAUGAGCCGUUUCUUAGGAUUACACAACAACAGAAGGUUCCUUAGAGACAGAGUAAGAGAAGUACCUGGCAGACACUAUAGCCUACAAUAUCCAAACAAUGAGUUUAUAACGGGACGUAAUCUAAGAAUGUCUCCAAUAUAUCCGAAGUUGAAAGAAGCCGGUGCUGUGUUUGAACAAGUCAUGGGAUAUGAGAGGCCCACUUGGUUUGAACCGGAUCUGUCAAAAGUACAUUUACAUAGUUACACGAAUACGAGAAAAUUUAUUACGGCUAAAACUAAAACGUUUGGAAAACCUGAUUGGUUUGACAUUGUUGAGGCUGAAUAUGAAGCUUGUAGAGAAAAUGUUAGUCUUUUGGAUUAUUCUUCUUUCACCAAAUUGGAUAUACAAUCCAAAGGCCGAGAAGUGGUUGACUUGUUACAAUACCUUUGUUCAAAUGACGUUGACGUUCCGAUUGGCAGUAUUAUUCACACAGGCAUGCAAAACGUUCGUGGUGGUUACGAAAACGACUGUAGUCUUAUUAGACUGUCGGAAAAUCAUUACAUGAUGAUUGCACCUACAAUCCAACAGACGCGUUGUAAGAUUUGGAUCCAACGCCAUUUGCCAAGCGAUAAUUCUGUGUCCUUGACCGACGUUACUUCUAUGUUCACUGCCAUUUGUCUCAUGGGUCCUUUUACACGACACCUAUUGUCUGAAAUGACAGAAACUGAUUUAAGUCCUAAAUCGUUUCCAUUUUUCACCUACAAAGAACUAGACGUAGGCCUAGCCAACGGCAUUAGGGCUUUAAAUCUCACUCACACCGGAGAGCUUGGCUAUGUUCUAUACAUACCAAAUGAGUUUGCUUUACAUGUUUACAACUCAUUAAUUGAAGCUGGGAAAAAGUAUAAUUUGAAACAUGCUGGCUGUUACGCAAUGAAAGCUUUGAGAGUGGAAAAAUUCUAUGCAUUUUGGGGCCAAGAUUUAGAUACAUCGACUACGCCAUUAGAAUGCGGACGAUCGUGGAGGGUGAAGUUUGACAAAGGAAUAAAUUUCAUUGGACGAGAUGCUCUGUUACGUCAACAAGAAGAGGGGAUAAAACGAAUAUACGUUCAAUUACUGUUGAAUGAUCAUGAUCCAGACACUGAAUUGUGGUCUUGGGGUGGUGAGCCGAUAUUUAGGGACAAGAAAUAUGUUGGUGCCACAACAACAACUAGUUAUGGGUUCACAUUUAAAAAACAAGUAUGUUUAGGAUUUGUUCAAAACUUGGAUAAAAACGGCAAUGCUCUACCUUUGACAAACGAGUAUGUAAUGUCCGGAGAAUAUGAAGUAGAAAUAGCAGGCACACGAUACCCAGCAAAAGUAAAUAUUAACAGUCCAAAUUUGCCAACAAAAUAUCCAGACAAGGAACGCGAAUCGUAUCUUGCUACCAGGGAUAAAAUGGUAUCUGAACCAUUGUUGAGAAACAACUGA